UUCAUUAAUAAUUUGAUAUGAAACCGGGAUCUCCGGAAUGUUGAGUUGAAAAGAGUGUUGAAAGAUUUUAUUUAAUUACAAUAAUUUAACUGAUUGAAAGUCUUUGCUCAAUUAGAAUAUAAUUAUUUUAUUUGAACGGUAAACGCAUAUUGUCAGCUUUUUAAUAUUUGGAAGAGAGAAUUACAUUGAUAAAUAAGGCUUUUAUUUUUUUGGAGUAGCUAUAUGUGAAAUUUAUUAGAUCAUCAAUUUCACAAGAUAACGAAACUUCAAUUAGGAUUCAAUUAGAUACGUAUAUAUAUCUGUGUACAUAAUAUGUACCUUUACAUACAUUUUUAAUUUACAGGCAACUUCGCAAUGGCAGCAGAUCUUUUUCAAGAUAUCCAACAGUUAAGUGACGAUCCAUCAACAAAAAAUGGCAUCAAGCACAAAUUGGUCAAUGAAAUAACAAAUAAAUUCAAGAAUAAUUGUUAUUCGAAAGAUCAGCUGCAUGAAUUUAUGAACCCAGCGACUAUUACAAAACGUGCAGCAUUUGUUAAACGACUUUAUGUGAAUUUUUUAAUUGAGGAGAAAAAUGAGAAAUUACUAACGCAAUCAUUACUAUUUGAAGAUGAUGAUAUUAUUAACGAUAUAAUCAAACGUUGUGAUUUUUUCUGGAGUAAUCAAGCAAAUUCUUUGGACACUUUAAUGAUGGAUAUUUUUCCAAAAGUUUCAUACUCUCAAAGAAACAGAAUACUCAAAGUUAUAGAAAGAAAAAUUACCGAUCCAGAACUUGCAAAGAAAUACUAUGAUGGGUUGGCAAAAAAUUACAAUGUUCCAACAGCUCGCCCAUUUUUAAAACACUGCAGUUUAGAUAUUUGGCUAGAUUUCGCAAAAAAUGUUAAUAUUUUUUUAACAGAAGAUGAGCUUUUUGCUGUUUUUUCAAAAAGAUCAAAGGAAAUAUUGGACUACUUUAAAGAACUAGUUCAAUAUAAAGUGGGAAGCGGAUUGAAAAAUUUCAACUCAAACUCUUAUACAAGAUUAUUUGAGAAAUUAUUGCAUAUUUACCCAGAAGAAGCCUUUCAACUAUUUAACAAAACGGAGCAAAAUUUUUCUAGCUUCACCGCAAGUAGAAAAUUAACAAAAAUGUUCAUCAGGAAAUUUAACGAUUUCGUAAUAUCUGAUGCAACAUCACAGCGUUACAAUCGUUACAAUAUUUUAAAAUAUCUGACAAAAGAACAACUGGAAAGUUAUUUAUGUUCUGCUUUUCCGGAUCAUUCACGUUUAGGGCACAUUUCAAUUCCAAAUGUAAAUUACUAUGUUGGAUCUAUAUUUAAAUUACUUAAAACAAAUGAACAAAGACUAGAUUUAUUGAAAAGGUGCUAUAAACGGGUUUUUGGUUUAGAACUAUUCGACGAUAGGCAAAAUAUCACUUUCGAAUUAAUGGGAUGGAUAGAUGAUACAGAAUUGAGGCAUAAGUUAGCUGUGGAUAAAUUUGAAAAUUACGAAUAUGAUAAAUAUUUAAAAGCUGAAGACUGGAUUCCCUACAUGAAGGUCGAAGUUUCAAUACCAAAAUUAAAGGAAUUAAUACAUACUUCAAUGCAAGUACCCGAUCGCAGUAAAUAUCUUCGGGAACUUAUAAGAACGUGUGAAAUAAAUAAAGACUUCAAAGCCUUAUUAGAAGUUUUGAAGUAUUUUAAUUUUAAACAUAAAAAUGAGCAAUUGAGUGUUAGAAAUGAAUUCAUAAAUCAGGUAGGGUACUUGUUUCCAAAAAAUCGUUCCAAUUUUAAUCAAGAACUGUGGGAAGAAAUUUAUAACAUUGUUUGUAAUUUUGAUAUAAAAUCAGAAUUAACUAAUUAUUCAUGUACCAUUUCUGCAAAGAUUUUUGUAGAAGCACUAACCUAUUCAACUAAUGACAAAAAUUUAUUUGAAAAGUGGUUUACCUUAUAUGAAAAAUGGUGUACUGGAAACAAAUGUUUCUACACUAUAAGACAGUUUCACAAUAAAGCGACUUUGGAAUUAAUAUCAUUAUAUAUAAAUAAAGAUGCUCAUUAUGAUUUAUUACAAGCAUAUAUUGAGUAUAAUAGGCAUAAUAAAGACAACCCAAUCAAAAUAACCGAAUAUAAAUGGGCUAUGGAACUCUUUCAUGAGAAGAUAAAUUUAUGUAAGAUGAAUACUGUAAAUGAUUUAACAACUGUAAUAAAAUUUCUUGAAAGAGACCCGAUCAUUAAGGAACAUUUCUCGCAACUAAUUUUUGAUUAUAAAUGUAAAGUUCUGAGAAAGUCCAUAGAUUUGAAUUAUUUGGAUUAUCUUAUAGAGUAUAUGCCAUGUGAUCCUGAGUAUGUUAAAAGCAAUAUUCCACAACUUUGUGAUUUAUACAUUUCAAGUCUUAAAGAAUAUAAUAAAACAUUUGAUCAAAAAAUUAAAACUUCAAUUCGUUUGAAAAAAAUUCCAACACUAGAAAUUGAACUGCAUAAAAGGUGUUACGAAAUUUUGAAAAAUGAAAAAACCGAUCAAUUGAAGGAAUAUGCCAUUUGGAUUUUAUGGCCAUAUUUGUCAAGUAAUGAAUUUUUUGAAAUUUCUAAACCAUAUUAUCCUAAAGAGAAAGUUGCACAAAUGGGAAAUGAUGAAUGUCAAUUCAAAUUUAUGUUUCAAAAAAGGAUUGCAUACUGCCUAAAAAAUUAUAGAUCAGAUCCGGAAAUAUUAGUGGCAUUGAAAGCUUUUUGUUCUGGAGAUUUCCUUCAAUUAACAGUAGGAAGUUUAAAUAGUAUUUGCCAAAAAAUGCCGUAUUACAGAUCAAAAGAAUUUCUUGAAAAUUCUAUAAACGUUCCUGUGUCAUUCAAAAAGCAUAUCUUACGGUUGUUACAUACCAUGUUGGAAAAAUCAUUGCUCAUAAUGUUGCUUAAAAAAUCUUGGACAGAAGAGAAAAAUCCAACAAUACGAAAAAUUUUAUUAGAGAGAAUGCUUAAAUAUUUGGUUAAUGAAUUCGAUAACGAAAUUUGGUGGAACGCUAUAGAACAAUGUUUAAAAGAGUUAAAUCAUAAAGAUAAAGAUAUAAUAGAAAUAUGUACGCAUUUAAAUGAAAUUCCAACAAGCUAUUUAUCUGAAUAUAUUGAAUUAAUGUGGAAAAAAAUUUUAGAAGUAGAAAAAGAACUUCCGCAACUUCAAGAAAAACGUUUUAAUAUGUUAAUUGAUGUAAAUAAUAGAAUUCAACAUAUGAAAGAUGAAUUCCUUGAACAUCUCUUGAAAGAAUAUUUAUUUAAUAUUGAUAUGGAGAAAAGUACUUGGAGUAAAUUUACAGCUAUAGCUGUAUCAUAUAUGCUUUCAAAGAAGAAUAUUUCCGAAUCGGAUAUAGAAAAACGCCUAAAAUUGAUUAUUGAUAUUUUAAAAUCGGCCCAUGCUAAGAAUUGGGAUACAUAUAAUGCAAAAGAAGAAUCUUAUAAUUUAAGAGGGUUAUUAACCGAUUUCAUAAGUCAUUUCUUUUAUAAAAUUUUCAAAAUUAAUAUAGAACAUAAAGAAUUCGUUAAAUAUGUAAUAACAACAUUUGUUCAAUUCUUAAAAGAAAUUAUUGAUCCGGAAACAUAUUUCUAUACAUAUUAUAUGAUUUUUGAAUAUACUCUGAUAUAUUUUGAAGUUGACAAAAAUUUCUUUGAAUUUGGUAAAAUUGUCCGUAAUAUAAUUGACAGAGAAGUUAAAAAAUAUGAUAGUAUUGCUAUUGCACAACUGGCCAGUGAUUUAGCUUACUUUAUGCGUAUGAUUUGCACUAACUAUAAUAUUGAUGGAACAUAUUUAUUAGAUGGUAUAUUGUUUGCACCAUUACAAUCACCUGAAUGUGCCUUAGUAGCUCAUUUCUUAACAAAUGUAUGUGGAAUAAUUGAGGAUAAUAAAUUAAAGCGAAAAUAUAAUGAAAUAUUAUUGCAAACUAAUGAUAAACGUAUUAAACUGCAUUUAAAUAACAAAUUUAAUUAAAUAUAAUUUUAAUAUUUAUAUACAUAUAUUGUAUAAUUGAAAUAAUUUACGUAUUUAUGUUGGACAAUUGAUAUAAUUGUGUCCUCAUAAGUGGACACA